UUCCCCCCUCGGACACACCACAGCCCACGCAGUCAAGAUGCGGUACAUUCACUCCGAGGAAACGCUGCCCGUCCCCGAGAAUGUGAAGGUUCACAUUCGCUCUCGCGUUGUGACCGUCGAGGGACCCCGAGGCAAGCUCGUUAAGGACCUUUCUCACAUCGCCGUCACCUUCGGCCGCCCCGAGAAGAAUGUCAUCAGCAUCCAGCUGCACCACGGUGCUCGCAAGGGUGUUGCUACCCUCCGCACCGUCCGCACCCUCAUCAACAACCUGAUCAUCGGUGUCACCAAGGGCUUCAAGUACAAGAUGCGUUACGUCUACGCUCACUUUCCCAUCAACGUCAACCUUGAGAAGAACGCCGAGACUGGCCAGGUCGAAGUUGAGAUCCGUAACUUCUUGGGUGAGAAGUACGUCCGCCGCGUGACUGCCCAGCCCGGUGUUGAGAUCGUCACCUCCGCCAACGUCAAGGAUGAGCUCGUGCUCUCCGGUAACUCCCUUGAGGGUGUCUCCCAGAGUGCUGCCGACAUCCAGCAGAUCUGCAGAGUCCGCAACAAGGAUAUCCGUAAGUUCCUUGACGGUCUGUACGUGUCGGAGCGGGGUAACGUUGUCGAGGAGUAAGCGGUUGGAAAUGUCCGCCAUGGUGGGUAGUGAAGGAAUGUUCGAAGAGAAUACAUUUUCGCCUACUUGCAUAGGGAAGCAACGCGAAAUUUAAAACCCAAAAUCAUGGAAUUUCAAAAUGCCCUUUUAACGUGUCCAC